AUGAGUAACGACGCUAGGAGCUUACAGUCGGCAAUGUCUGAUGAAAAAUCAGACAAGGAAUCUAUUCACACUGUUGAUACAGUAAAGAGCAAGCACAGAUUCAGAAACAAGUUUAAGGUCAAGAACAUUUUUGAAAAAAUUGAAGAUAGACCUACUCCACCGCAAGUGUAUAACUACCGGGUUUACUUGACGGCGAUUAUGGCUUCUGCCGCUGCUAUUAUUAUUGGUUACGACAGUGGUUUCAUUGGAGGUACAGUUGCUUUGGAAUCUUUUAGAAAAGAGUUUGGCUUGGACGUUGCAACUAAUGAGGCUUAUAUCGUAUCCAAUGUCAUUUCAGUGUUUCAUGUUGGUUGUUUCUUUGGUGCCUUGUUUUCAUACCCUGGUUCAUAUUACUUUGGAAGAAGGAUCCCCUUGAUUGCUGCUGCUUUGUUGAUCACUCUCGGUUCUGGUAUUAUGCUUGCUGCAAAGGACUCUGUCGGUCUUGGUCCCAUAUAUGCGGGUAGAGUCUUGGCAGGGUUAUCUGUUGGUUGCUCUACUAACUUGACAGUUGUUUACAUUUCAGAAAUAUCGCCACCGGCAAUCAGAGGUCAAUUGACAGCAAGUUAUGAGAUUGGAUGGAGAGUUGGGGAUCUAGUUGGGUUCUGGAUAAAUUAUGCCGUGGAUACAAACAUCCCACUGAGCAGGAAGCAAUGGAUGAUUCCUUUUGCCAUUCAAUUGAUUCCAAGUGGGUUGUUCUUGAUUGGAAGUAUUUUCAUGAAAGAAAGUCCAAGAUGGUUGAUGCAAGUUGGCAAAUACGAAGAAGCAAUCAAGAAUCUCACAUGGUUUAGAAAAUUGCCAGAGACUGAUGAGUACAUCAUCUAUGAAAUCAAUCAAUGUAAGGAAAGCAUUGAGGAACAAAAAAAUAAGGUUGGUUUGGGUAUCUUGGAUCCAUUUUACGAAGUCUUCUUUCACAACAGAAACUUGUUACACCGGUUAUUCAUCACUGUCAUGUUGUUCCAGUUUUGCAAUUUUAUGGGAAUUCAAGCUAUCAACUAUUAUUCACCAAAAUUGUUUAGAGGAUUGGGGGUCAAAGGUGUCAACUCUUCAUUAUUUUCAACCGGUAUGUUUGGUGUUGUCAAGUUCUUUUGUACAUUUUUCUACAUCUUGGUGCUUGUGGAUACUGUUGGUAGAAGACUUUCGUUUAUGGUGUCUUCAGGGCUAUGUUCGAUUUGUUUUUGGUACAUUGGUGCAUACUUGAAAGUGAAUGAUCCUACUAAACCAGGAGUCCUGGCUGGUCCAGGGGGUAAGGCUGCUAUUGGAAUGAUGUAUAUCUGGAUUGCGUCGUUCAUUUCUGCAUGGUCAGGUGGCCCAUUCGUUGUUGGUAGUGAAGUUUUUGAUCAAAACAUUAGAUCGUUUGUUCAAGCAAUCAAUGCUGCUUCCUCAUGGGUAGCCAUCUUUGUUAUGUCUAGAUGGACACAACAGAUGAUCAAGAGUAUGUCAUAUGGAAUCUAUUUCUUCUUUGCUGCAUUAGCGUUGGCAUCAAUUCCAUUUGUGUACUUUCUUUUGCCAGAGACAAAAGGUAUUGCAUUGGAAGACAUGGACAAAUUAUUCAACAGAAACAUUCCGGCUAGAAAAGCUCACAAGAUUGUGUUGAACAGUGUAAAGAAUGAAAACCAAGAGAUUUUCCUUGAAAACCAUGAACAUGGAUUGUUCAAAACGGACACCAACAAACCGGAAACUGAGAAUGUGGAAAAUAUUUUUGAGAGACAAGACAGAGUUUAA